GUCCCACAGAGCUCCAUGCUUGGCCAGUAGAUCAACAAACAAACAAACAAGCACGUGGGGGGACCUCCUUUGAGCAAAGGGGGGAAGUCAGGGCUCUUCCUGCCUGAGCCUCUCAGCCACUUUUCUUGCAAGAGUCCUCCGCUCUCCGCGCUGAAGCCAUGGAGGAGCAUGACCAGGGAAGCGAUGGCCUGACAGACAGCGAAGAGAGCGUCUACUCGGGGCUGGAGGAUUCGGGGAGCGACAGCAGCUCAGAGGAGGAGGCGGCGGAGGACCAGGACAGUGGAGCAGAGGGGGAAUUGAAAGGCGGUUCGCGCUCCAAGGCAGCACAAGCCAGGAAGGAGCAAGUCCCUGGGAUGAGCCGGAGCGUGGAGUCGGGGUCCAGCCUGCCCCUGCAGGAUGAGUACGAGGAGGACAGCUCCGACGAGGAGGUAGGAGCCAGCUCCUCCCUCCUGGUGCUGGUCUGGGUAGAUGUCCCGCCACCGCCUGAUGGCGUCGGAUGCCCUGAGUCACCGCGUUGCGUACUGUAG